UAUCUUUCUUUAAGUAUGUUUUUGCAUUAUUCUCCUCUGGUUCAGAACAUGCAACCUGUUGAAAUGCUCUCCCUCAAUUAGUGCUGCAUCAACCUAUGAACUUUUUCACAUAAAAAUUCCCAAACUCCUCAUUUUCUUUUUUUCGCCUUUUCUUCUUCUCUUUGUUCUUCCGAUCUAAGGAAGGCAAACAUUAUCAUGGGAAGGAGGACUCCGUCGGGAUAUUCUACGCCGGAGUCAGACCUUGAGAUCAAAGUACAACCUCGAAAUAGCGGCCCAAAAUUGGAGGAACGUGACGAACGCCCACCUUCUCGUCAUCCGAUUCCACCACCAAAUUACCAGCCUUAUAAAAAAUGGUUCCCAUGGCUAGUCCCUGUUAUAACUAUAGUCAAUGUUGCACUUUUUAUCGUUGUUAUGUACAUUAAUAAUUGUCCUCGUAAUAGUCAAAAUUGUUUUGGAACCGACUUCUUUGGUCAGUUUGCAUUUCAAGAUGUUCAUGAGAACCCUUUACUUGGUCCAUCCACAACAACGUUACAACAAUUGGGUGCACUUGAUGUGACCAAAGUAGUUGAAGGGCAUCAAAUAUGGAGGCUGUUUUCUUGCAUGUGGUUACAUGCUGGUCUGUUCCAUGUUGCUGCCAAUAUGUUGAGCUUGUUAUUUGUGGGUAUUCGGCUAGAGCAAGAGUUUGGAUUUUUUAGAAUUGGUCCCCUUUAUGUUUUGGCUGGGGUAGGAGGGAGUCUGUUAUCAGCUCUAUUUGUGAAGAGAAAAAUCUCAGUUGGUGCUUCUGGUGCAUUGUUUGGUUUACUUGGAGCUAUGCUUUCUGAGCUCAUCACAAAUUGGACAUUAUAUGAAAACAAGUUGGCAACACUGCUUACACUGCUUCUCAUAAUUGCAAUAAAUCUAGCUGUUGGAAUUCUUCCUCAUGUGGACAAUUUUGCACAUCUUGGAGGAUUUAUAACUGGAUUUCUUCUUGGUUGUGUCCUUUUGCUUCGUCCUCAAUUUGGAUGGGUUAAUCUAAACAAAGCACCUCCUGGUUAUUUUGUGGCAUCAAAAAAGUCUAAGUACAAGACUUAUCAGUACGUACUAUUGGCGAUGUCAAUAGCAAUUCUGUUAACUGGGUUUAUUCUUGGCCUAGUUCUAUUAACAAAGGGAUGGGACGGUAAUGCACAUUGCUCAUGGUGUCAUUACUUAAGCUGUGUCCCAACUCCUCUAUGGAGUUGUACUGAAGCACGUUGUGCGAUCAUCCAACUUGGGAAUCAAAUGAACAUGACGUGCACAUCAAAUAAUAAAAAUGAGACUUACACUUUGAAAAAUCCUAGCAACACUUUUGAAAUUCAAUUGUUAUGUUCCAAACUAUGCAAAUGAGAUAUUCAUAGUUGGAAACCAGCAUUUGUGGUGAAAAGUAUCAAGCAAUAUUUUUUUAUGUGGUUCAUUACUCAAGACACAAGCUUUAACUGGAAAGAGGUCAAAAGGAUUACGUUGACCAAUCUCUCAUUUCAACAAGUUUAUUACUAUAUAUUUAUUAUAUCAAUGAAAUAAUGUAUAUUUGUACCAAUGUUGCUUUUAUCACUGUACACCACCAUAUGUAUAUCCUUUUGUUAUUAAAAUAUUUUCUUUUUUAUCACUUGUAUUUUCACAAUGAAGAUUCUUUUCUCUUUGAAAUGUAAUUUUGGCUUUCAUUCA